AUGGCACCCUCACUAGAAGAGCCGGUACAGGUCGACCUCAACGCGCCUCUGAAGGUCGCGCCACAACUCGUUGCGCCCGAGCCUGAACACUGCCCAGGCCCCGAAUCCCAACAAGCAGGCCUUGCAGACAACUGCGCCGGAUGCCCCAACCAAGCCAUAUGCGCGUCCGCGCCCAAAGGCCCCGACCCCGACAUCCCCAUCAUCACCGCACGCCUCUCCUCGGUGCGCCACAAGAUCCUCGUCCUAAGCGGCAAAGGCGGCGUGGGGAAAUCGACAUUCAGCUCCAUGCUCGCAUACGGCUUCGCAUCCAACCCACAGACAGUCGUCGGACUCAUGGACACAGACAUCUGCGGGCCGUCGAUCCCCAAGAUGAUGGGCGUGGAAGACGAAACAAUCCACGUGUCGGGCGAGGGCUGGGAGCCCGUAUGGGUGCAGGAGAACCUCGGCGUGGUAUCAGUAGGCUUCAUGCUAGGCGACCGCGACGCAGCCGUCAUCUGGCGCGGCGCGAAGAAAAACGGCCUCAUCAAGCGCUUCCUAAUGGACGUGCGGUGGGGCGGGGAAUCCGACGAGGAAGUCGGCGUCCUGGUCGUCGACACCCCGCCCGGCACCAGCGACGAGCACCUCAGCGUCAACACGUACCUCAAGCAAGCGGGCGUCGAUGGCGCCGUCCUCGUCACUACCCCCCAGGAAGUAGCCCUGCUGGAUGUGCGCAAGGAAAUCGACUUCUGCCGCAAAGCGGGCAUUCGCAUCCUCGGCAUCGUGGAGAAUAUGAGCGGCUUCGUGUGUCCUGGGUGUAAGCACGAGAGCCAGAUCUUCCGCGCGAGUACAGGCGGCGCGAAGAGAUUGGCGGAUGAUGAGCGGAUUCCGUAUCUCGGUGCGGUGCCGCUCGAUCCGCGGAUUGGCAUGGCGUGUGACUUUGGAGAGAGCUUUUUGACGGCGUAUCCCGAUAGUCCGGCGUGUAAGGCGAUUCGCCAGGUGGUUAGACGGGUGGGGAGGGAGAUGGGCAUGCGUGAGGAGGAUGUGCUGCCUGUGGAUGGGGAGUAUGGGGAGUGA